AUGUCUAUUCCCUCGACUCCACACUACGGAAUCGUCCUACCUGAUGGCUCCCAGAUCGUCCACGGCGCCGGGGCUAAAGUCAAAGACCCGUUUACCGACAUUCCCGUGACCUUGCAUGAGCUCAGUCCUGGAAGUGUCGAAUCUGGGCCUGCUUUCAAAGGCCAGAGCGGUUUCAUCCAAUUUGAUACGUCGACGCGCCUUCCUCGCCACGUGCACAUUUCCGGCAGCACCGACGGGGACGAAGGGCAGCAUCUUAUCCAUGAGCGCAUCUUUGUGGUGGGCGGAGUUGCUCUCGUCGAACUCAGCGGGCAGAUCUACGUCAUCCCUCCCAUGAGCCUAGUCACCAUCGCGCCCGGAGUCCCCCACACCUGGACUGCCUGUCCAGAAGGCGUGAACAUUACAGAGAUCACAGGGCUGCGUGCAAAGAGCGGAGAGAAUCUUGUCUCGAGCGGCAAAUUCCUCAUGUUGUACGAAUAUGAGGAGAUCACGGGUUUCUUUCCAACAGCACAGUCGAAAAGGCUGAACAGUGUGCGAGACUACGUUCGCUGCGACGAUCUGGAAAGCAUUCGUAUACCCCAAAUGAAUGCUGGCCAGGUGCUCCAGCGUUGCCAUUUUGUAAAAGACAUGGAGAUCAUCGUACCAAAGUAG